GCGCAACUACUAGUUGCUCUCCAGAAGAAUACCCCGGUGACUACUUUGCAAUAUGUGAAAUAACCGUGAUGUUGUCAUGGUAACGUAUGAUUUCAACUGACCACUAGUGUGAACAAUGGCGACAGAAUACAUAAGGAAUGUUGCUAGGAUUGUGACAGUUGCCGUUUGCAUUCUCUGCUGUCUAACGGUUAACGAUGUUUCAGGAAGUGACGCUGAAGAGAGACUACGGUAUGAUUUGUUUCAUAAUUACAAUGCUACUGUGCGACCAGCAGAGAAGCCUGGAGACACAGUCGUCAUAGACAUAGCGUUGGCCAUUACACAGAUAUUGGACGUGGAUGAGAAAAGACAAGUGGUAACGGGAAAUCUCUGGAUAUACCAGAUAUGGACGGAUUUUCGAUUGAAAUGGGAUCCGGCUGAUUACGAUGGAAUAUUCAAUUUGCCUGUUCAGUCGAAGCAGAUCUGGUUCCCUGACACCGCCCUCUAUCAAAGUGCAAACGAAGAACACGUGAAUUACCCGACAGUCAUUGCUUUGAAUAUCAUCGGAAUAAUACACAAUGAUGGGUCUGUAACAGUAUGCACGGCUCACGUCUAUGAACUACCCUGCGUCAUGGCGAUAACAACAUUCCCCUUCGACACACAGACGUGUCCUGUAUAUUUCGGGACCUGGGUACAUUUUGUACAAGACUUGGACUUCAAGGCUCAUUUUGAUGGGGUUGAACGAGAAAGUUUCAUCGCUAACACAGAAUGGGAAAUCACGGGCUCUGAAGCAAAUCGAUACGAAGGCAGUUUUUUAACAUUUGCGGGCAAUUACUCAUACUUGGAAUUUUUGAUUCACAUCGAGAGGAAACCCAUAUAA